UGCGAGGCUAACGUGCAUGGGCUAGCCUCACAAUCCAAAUCUGUGUUCUCCACCAAAAAAUAACAAGUAGUGUGGUGGAGUGAGCGUAUCGCUCACUUUUAGCUAAGUGUCAAAUAUAAAGCAUUGCGUAAUGGAACUGCCUUUGUCAUAUUUAUAUUACUUAAUCUUGCCGGUUGAUCGUCUCGUUGGAAGCUAGCAAUGUGACGCUAACGUUACCUUUCCUAACGUUAACAUAACGUCAUUUCCCUUCCUGUGUUAGAGGCACUGCUUAAGUGGUAAACCCUAGCUAGCUAACACAACUGUCAACAAUCCCAAACUUGUUUUUCCGUCUGAGAUGCGUGUGGAUUACACCGGUAGCCGGUUGAUUUACCGAGGUGGACGUUAUUUUACGCCAAAACUAAAGUAGCAGGCAGCCAGGGGGAUUGUCCUCAGUAGAGAAUUACGUUACGCUAGCAGGCCGACACGCGGCCGAGCUCCGGUUUGCGAACUUAUUUAUUCAGCCUUCAUCCGAACACAAAAACCAGUAAGAUUGUGCCGUCGGGUCUGCGUGAACUCUGCCCACCGUCCCAUGUCCUCUGCGUGGAUGGGAGAUAGUUAGCCGGUGGAGCCGAAGUAGCAAGCAGAUCUGUUAAACAUGGAGGAUGAAGAGGUUGCAGAGAGCUGGGAAGAGGCAGCGGACAGUGGGGAAAUAGAUAGAAGGCUUGAGGCUAAACUGAAAAUAAACCAGGAGGCAAAGAAGUCCAGCUUGGGUUCAGGUGGCUCACCUGUUCGAACUGCUAUUGUAAUCCAGGAUGACUCUCUGCCUGCAGCACCCCCACCACAAAUUCGAAUUCUGAAACGUCCUUCAAAUAACGGUACUGCAGGAAACCUUGCAUCCUCGACCCGUCCAUCGCAGCAGAUGAAGUCCUUGGCCCAGCGGGAGGCAGAGUACGCGGAGGCCCGAAGAAGGAUCUUGGGUAGUGCUUCUUCAGAUGAUACGCCUCAGGACAACCCAUGUCAGGACAGGCCAGCUCGUAUGAGCGUGCAGCAACCAUCAGAACCAGUCCGUCCAAACAGUAACGUGGUCCGCCAGCCCACUGGUCCAGAUGGUACCUCAGGCUUCCGACUCUGCAGAUAAGCAGAAGCUACCUGCUGCAAGGAGUCAGCUGUCUCCCUGAGAGGGCAUAAAGGGUGGCAGUUAGGGGGAUUGUGUGUGGUAUAAAGAGAAGAGUGGUGGGAUGACACAAAUUUUUGACAGACUUUAGAAAUAUGAUGACGUAGCAUGGAUUGAAAUGAACUUCUCCACCCUCUCUCUACUCUGCUUACUGGCAUGGUCUUUGCCUUUCACCUUGUCUUUUCCCUCUGUGGAACACUGCAAGGGGCUGGCAGAGAUCAGCCAAAGAUCUGAAACCCCCUUCUGUUCCACACUGUGAACAGGCUUUUGCCUCACAUCCCUACACACUGUGAUACUUUGAUGUACCAUGAGGUGCCCUAUGAUUUUAAGCAUGAUUGGCCGCCCGUGUGCCAGGGCAUCAGGUGUCUGUCUCUUCAGGGAGAAUAUGGAGAGCUCGUAAAUCUGGGAAUUCCCCGGAGAGGUACAAGGGAACGAGCUAUACUUUCCACCGAUUGAGCUUGGAUCAUGGCUGGGUGUCCACUGGGAAGCUGGCCUCAGUUCGUUGGCUUCAGUGGAAAUAAUGUUCUUGACAGUGCUGGGAUUUUACUGUGUGUUCAGCAUCCUAAGUGCAAAGUGAGAAAAAGUCAAACUGAUCCAACACUAGAGUAAAAUAGCACUGUACUUAAAAGUGCGUUUUAAUACUGUAAAUUGCAUAGCAACGGCAGAGGCCCAGCCAACACUUUACACAGUCCACAGGCCGGGUUUUGUCACUGGUGGCUAUGAAACAAAAUGCCUGGUGGGCACGCAGCCUGUGGCCAAAGAUUAUAGAUCGGAAGGACAGAAUGUCACUAAAUCUAAGUUUAUUCAAGCAAUAAAGAUGAAUUUACUCCCUGGAUUAUUUUUUACAUAUUGCCUAAUUACCGGUGCUGUGUUUUGUUUUAAAUUAGCUUUUGUUUCAAACCGCUGAUAUAUUGUUUCUUCAUGUUUGUGGGUUGUUUUGCCGAGACAUAGUAUGUUUACGUAAGGAGAUCAGUAGUGUAUCAGAGAUUAGAUGAUGUAGCCUGCAUAGGAAACUUUAUUGGUAGUGUCAUAUCAAAUUUUAUCAAAGUGGAAAAAGUCAGACCUAUUCAUGAAUUGAAAAUCUUACGUUAUUGUGCAUAAAUUUCCAUGUGUGUUGCCUUGCUGUUUCUAAUCAGUAUGGCUAAAUUGGCACUUCUUUUACGGCCAACUGCACUGCAUCUGCCUAGGACCGAGGACUUUGAUCUGUUUUGGCACCAGUUGAAGUAUAUUGACUGAUUGCGUUAUUAAGAUCUUUGGUCUUAAGAAAAAAUUAUUUGGUGCUCAGCAUGGAGGAUGGUAUAGCCACAUGUGAAUUGUGUUAAUUUUGAAAAGGGUCAGGGUAAUUUGUGGUGAAAACUACAUAAAUGAUCACAAAGAUAUUAGAAAUCUCAUCUUUUUCCUUUAGAACAAAGCCAAAUUCCUCUGCCUGGUUUGAUGAAUGUCUUUCAUUGGGUGUUUUUCACACACAAGGACUUUGCACCAUUGUUUGCCACUGAUUGAAAAUAAAAGUCUUCAAACCAUGAAA